CAUUUUCUAAAAAAUCCACGAAAAGAAAACACGGUCCCAAAACCGUAUAUAACCUAGAACCAAGAACGCCUCCACUCCUCUAUAUAGCCCAGCCCAAUCGCCUUACCAUUAUUCUUACCUACCUUUCUUCGCAUCUUAUUCUGAUUCUGAUUCUCUCCCUCUUCCAGUUCCAGCAGGUCAGCUCCAAUUUUUUGUUUUUGUUUUUCUUGCUCCAUCUACUGGGACUUCUGAUUUUUCGUUCGUGCUUUGAUUUUGAGAAUUUCCUUUUCAUAUUUGUUAUUGCUUUGCUUUACUGAAAUUAGGGUUCUCAAGUGCUUUCUCUGAUUCGAACAACGGUAUCAAUGGAGGCUUUGCUUGAUUGAUUUUAUAUUAGGGUUUUGGUAUUGAAGCAUCUUCUUAAGGCUGCUUUGUGUGAGUGAGUCUCGGUAGUUAGUUUGUGGAAAGUAGGGUUUAAUUAAUUAAUUAAUGGCGGAUCGAAACUCUGCCCUUGCUAAGCCUAUAUGGAUGAAGCAAGCGGAAGAGGCGAAGUUGAAGAGUGAGGCUGAGAAAGCCGCUGCUGCAAAAGCUGCCUUUGAAGCCACUUUCAAAGAUGUUGACAAAAAUCAUGAAAAGAAACCAGCUUUAUCGGCUGAUGAUAGUGAAUCCGAUGAAGAAGGUGAGGACGAUGAGGAGGAUUUGGCAAACAAACCGAUUGGCCCCGUUGACCCGUCCAAGUGCACAGCCGCUGGGGCUGGCAUAGCAGGUGGCACGGCGUGUGCAUCCUCUUCGUUUAUGGUGGUCACCAAAGAUGCUGAUGGGAGGAAGGUGGCCAAUGGGGGAGCACAGAUUAAGGUGAAGGUGUCACCAGGGGUUGGUGUUGGAGGAUCGGAGCAAGAAGGGAUUGUCAAGGAUAUGGGCGACGGCACCUACACAGUUACUUAUGUUGUCCCCAAAAGAGGGAAUUAUAUGGUUACUAUUGAGUGCAAUGGGAAACCCAUCAUGGGUAGCCCCUUCCCGGUCUUUUUCAGUGCAGGUACCAGUAGUGGAGGACUGCUGGGUUUGGCUCCUGCAUCCACAUUUCCAAAUCUAGUUAACCAAACCAUGCCCAAUAUGCCAAACUAUUCAGGGUCUGUUUCAGGGGCGUUCCCAGGAUUAUUGGGAAUGAUUCCAGGCAUUGUUCCUGGUGCCUCAGGAGGCGCUAUUUUGCCUGGAAUCGGUGCAUCUCUUGGGGAAGUUUGUCGAGAAUACCUUAAUGGUCGUUGUGCCAAAACUGAUUGUAAGUUGAACCACCCGCCUCACAAUUUGCUAAUGACUGCAUUAGCUGCAACAACCUCGAUGGGGACGGUCAGUCAAGUUCCUAUGGCACCCUCUGCAGCUGCAAUGGCUGCUGCUCAGGCAAUUGUUGCUGCCCAAGCCCUACAAGCCCAUGCAGCUCAGGUGCAAGCACAAGCUCAGUCGGCAAAAGAAUCAUCUGGUUCACCUGAUAAAGCUGGGAAGUCUGAUGCACUGAAGAAAACACUUCAAGUUAGCAACCUUAGUCCACUUCUUACAGUGGAACAGCUCAAACAACUUUUCAGCUUUUAUGGCACAGUUGUUGAAUGUACCAUCACUGAUUCAAAACAUUUUGCUUACAUAGAGUAUUUAAAACCUGAAGAAGCAACUGCGGCUUUGGCAUUGAAUAAUAUGGAUGUUGGAGGUCGCCCUUUGAAUGUUGAAAUGGCAAAAUCUCUUCCACAAAAACCAGCUCUUUUGAAUUCUCCACUGGCUUCCUCUUCUCUUCCACUGAUGAUGCAGCAAGCUGUUGCCAUGCAGCAGAUGCAAUUCCAGCAGGCUUUGCUUAUGCAACAAACUAUGACUGCACAACAGGCAGCAAAUCGAGCUGCAACAAUGAAGUCGGCAACAGAGUUAGCUGCAGCGAGAGCUGCUGAAAUAAGUAAGAAAUUAAAAGCUGACGGAGUUGGAAAUGAAGAGAAUGAAGUGAAACAAAAAUCAAGAUCGCCAUCCACUACUCGUGCGAGGUCAAGGUCAAAGUCUAGAUCACCAGUCAUUUAUCGUCGAAAGCGGAGGUCUCGUUCUUACUCACCUCCAUCCCGCCACCCUAGGGAUCGUAGAUCUAGAUCACCAUUGAGAUCUCACCAUCAGUCUGGCUAUGACAAUGAAUGGUGGUCAUAUCGAGACAUUCGGGAUGGCAGUGACAGAACUAGAAGGCGAGAUUCAGAAAGAUCACAUGAUCAUCAUUUAUCUGCUUCAAGAAGACAUAAGAGCAGGAGUGCAAGCCCUCUAACAAGAAAAUCAUACCGAGCUGAUUCAGUCUCACCAAAACGUCACCGAGAAAGUUCACCAUAUAGAGCAAGGAAAUCAUCUCGUGUUCGUUCAAGAUCACCAACUCAUCAGAGAGUACGUAGGUCAUCUCCAAAAAUUGCUGAUGAAAACAAGUCAAAACACAGAAGACGCUCUAGGUCAAAAUCUGUUGAUGGUAAGCAUCUGUCUGGUGAGAAAACAGAGGAGUCUCGAGAUGAAAAAUCUAAGUUUCAUGAUCGAAGGCGUUCCAGGUCCUUAUCUAGAGAAGAUAAACUUCAUAGGAGCAGCAGGUCAACCCCAAGAGGUAUGGAUGAAAAUAAAUCCAAACAUAGAAGGCGGUCCAGGUCAAAGUCUUUAGAAGGAAAGCACCAUGCCAAUGAGAAAUUAGACAAAUCUAGAGAAGAUAAACCAAAACAUCGUGACAGAAGGCGGUCCAGGUCAAAGUCUUUGGAAGGGAAGCAUCACUCUGAUAGGAAAGUAGAUGAAACAAGAGAUGAGAAGUCUAAACAUCGUGAUAGAAGGCAGUCCAGAUCAAGGUCCGUGGAAGGUAAGCGAUACUUCAAGGAAAAAGUGGAUGAAAGCAGGGACAGAAAAUCAAAGCAUCGUGACAGAAGACGGUCAAGGUCAGUGUCUGUGGAAGCUAAGCACCAUAGAGGAAGCAGGUCAUCCCCUGGUAAAUCUAAACACAGAAGGCGCUCUAGGUCAAAUUCUGCUGAAGGGAAGCAUCACUCCUAUAAUAGAAUAGGGGGAAGUAGAGCUGAAAAAUCGAAACUUCAUGAGAAAUCACUGUCCAGUUCAAUAUCUGCAGAACAUAAGCAUUGUAGAGGCAGUAGUUUGUCACCGACAAGUAUGGAGGAAAAUGAAUCAAAUCAUGUAAGCCUAUCUAGGUCAGAAUUUGCUGAAGGGAAACUUAAUUCCAAUGAUGGGAGGGAUGAAAACAGUUAUGAAAUAUCAAAGCAUCAAGAAGAUGUGAAAGAGGAAGCAGAUUCCACUUUGAAGGAUUUGAUGAGCAUGAAUGAUAAUGGGAUGUUUAUUUCAGAACCUGAGGAUUGUAACUCAAAGGAAUUGGUGGUGGAAAAUAUGGCAAUUGAAUAUGACCAGGAUCCAAAAAAGGCAUAUUUGACAAAUGUUAACAGCGAAGGAGGAGGUUCAUUUUUACCAAGUUGUAGAAUCUCCUUGGUUGAAGAGGAGCUAAGGGAACAUGAAGCAUCUUUAACUGAGCAUAUAGAGCUAGGAAUGGAAGAUCGAGAUAAUUGUGAGAAGUCAGCCAAAGUGGAUAAUAGUGACAGAACUGGAUCAAACCAGCGCGUGGAUUGCAUUAAUGAUGAAUCGGAGUUUGUGAUUAGAGAUAGGUCUUCAAUUUCCCCAAUGCUGAAGGCUCAACCGAGAAGCUCUAUCUCACCCGAGGCGGAUAUGUUUCCUGGUGACUUCAGUAUAGAAGAUAUAAACCAAUGCUAGAAGUAUAUCGUGGACCAUGGGGUUGCUGUUUUCCAAGAUUUUUCGUGCUGAGUGAUGGGUGCAAUUUCUCCGAAAAGGGCUCAGUCUGGUUUCCAUGAAAGAUUGCUUAAUGUUACUUUUGGUGCUCGGAAUUUUCUGGCGGUUGUUUGCUCUUCACAAAUAUGCUUUGUGUUUGUUUAUUUCUUUGCAGGUCCUUAUGGAAUUGACCGGGACUAUAGUCUUGAAGCUGGUCUUCCUGUGGUUUAAGUAUUUGAAGAAGUUUCAUGCUUUCAACCACAAUCGGCCAUGCAUGUUUGUAGCGAGCUUCUUUUACUGCUUGAUGAUAGUAUCCCCAGCACAUGCAGGUAUCAUGGUGAUUUUCAUUGGAGCUUUCUGACAUUCAAUUUGGCAGGAUUGAUUUUCUCUGAUAUAAAUUGAGAAAUUGUUUUGGUUAGGUAAGGGUACCCUUAAGGUCAAGUGAAAGUGUGAAACCAGAUGUUGCUGGGAUGAAUUGCAUCAAAAUUCCAGUGUUGUGUAUGAGCAGAUUGCCUGACUCACUUUACAGUCCUUGCUAAAACUUUUGGUGAAAUCCAAAUAUUGAUUUAUAUCAGGUAAUAUUCCAAGCAACUGUUGGGUUGAGUUCAUUUUCUUUAUAGAAGUUUUCAUUUAAGUUUGCACAUUUGGUUACUCCUUAGGGUAUUUUUAACUGUGCCCUGCAGUGACUCAAUCUGGGUAGAUCACUGGAAUUUUGUACUCGAUCUUGAUCUUAUAUUAUGGAACUUACCUGAAAUAGUAUUUGGCUCUAUUGCUUAUUUA